UGGAGCGACUUACCCCCCUUUGAGAUGGAUAGAGAUUAAGGUUGCUGGGGAACGGCCAGGUGCAGCGUAUACUAUACCACACUAUAAGUCCUGAUAUUGUACUUACUGGAGUUGGUACUCGUAUCGGCAAGAAUCAAAGUUGCUAUUAGCAAGGACGUGGGUAACAAAUUCCCACGAGCGUGUUCACCCCACCUUGACAUUGACGACGACGACGACGAGCGGGCAGCACAAACAUGCCAACCGAAGGGCCAUGCUACACUGUUGUCUUUGAGGACAACACAGAGACACCAUCCACACAGGAACUCAGAUCUGCAUUGGAGAAGGGCAGCGAUGACGACAAACUCGAAAGCCUUCGUAAAAUCGUCGUCUCCACUGUCAACGGGAAUCCUCAGCCUACGCUGUUGAUGCCAAUCAUACAGUAUAUCAUGCCUUCCAAGAACAAGCAACUGAAGAAACUAUUGCAUUUCUAUUGGGAGGUAUGCCCAAAGUACGACGAAAAUGGCAAGCUCAAGCAGGAGAUGAUACUGGUCGUCAACGCCAUCCGCAAUGAUCUCCAACAUCCUAAUGAGUAUAUCCGUGGUGCGACGCUCCGCUUCCUCCAAAAAAUAUCCAGAGACGCCGAACUUCUCGAACCACUCAUCCCCACCCUCCGUGCUAAUCUCGAGCAUCGACAUUCCUACGUCCGUCGUGCAGCCGUAUUCGCCCUUCAUACCGUUCACCGCGAACAUCCGUCUCUCGUCCCCGAUGCAGCAGAACUCAUGCAGACGUUCCUUGCUGCAGAGUCGGAUGCCUCUUGCAAACGUAAUGCUCUUGUCUUCCUGGCUAACGUCGCGCUACCCCGCGCGGUCGAAUGGUUGCGAGGCGUGUGGGAUGGAAUCGUCAGUAUGGAUGAGGGGUUGCAGAUGACAGUGGUGGAGGUGGCCCGAAUGGAUUGUGCACAUGAUACGACGCAUCGGCCCAAAUAUAUUCGGGUCAUGUUUGAGCUACUUGGUGCGACCUCGCACGCGGUAAAAUACGAAGCAGCAACAACUCUCACCACUCUCACCCAGAAUGCAGCUGCCGUCAAAGCUGCUGCGUCGUGUCUUGUUACCCUUGCCAUAAAGGAGUCGGAUAACAAUGUGAAGCUGAUCGUGCUCGAUCGGUUAGAUACGUUAAGAGAACGUCACCGACGCAUCCUGGAUGGUUUGAUCAUGGACGUCUUGCAAGUACUCUCCAGUGCUGAUAUGGAGGUACGCCGUAAGGCGAUGAGCAUCGUGCUCAGCAUGACUUCGGGGAGGAAUGCCGAAGAUGUUGUACUUUUCCUCAAGAAGCAGUUACUGCGCACACAGGAACAAGAUUUUGAUAAGGCGUCAGAGUACAGGCAGCUCCUGAUCCAGAGCAUACAUGUUCUCGCGAUUCGGUUCUCAGAGGUUGCCGCAAGUGUCGUCCACGCUUUGAUGGACUUCCUUGGUGAUUCCAACAACCCUUCCGCUUUAGAUGUGGUUGCUUUUGUACGUGAAGUGGUGGAGAAAUUCCCAGCUCUCCGUCUUGCCAUCACGGGGAAGUUAACGAAUACAUUAAUGAACAUGCGGUCCGGGAAGGUUUUCCGUGGCGUGCUAUGGAUUCUGGGCGAAUAUGUGGAAGAGUUAGAUGCCAUAGAAAUGGUAUUGGGAGAGAUCCGAAAAAUCAUCGGCGAAAUUCCAAUCUUGGCAGCGGAGUUGCGGGAGGAAGAAGGUAGUUCACUGGGCGAUGAACAACACGACGAAGGAAAUGUCAGCGGUACUGGGGCUGGGAGACCAAGAGUCCUUGCAGACGGUACUUAUGCCACUGAAACUGCCUAUUCCGUGUCAUCGACACGUAAUACCGAGUCUUCGAAGACCACUAAACCUCCCCUCCGAGCGCUGAUAUUGGGCGGUGACUUCUUUACUGGCGCAGUCCUUGCAGUUGCUUUAACCAAGCUUGUCUUGCGACAUGACAAGCUGACGAGCGAUAGGACGAAGGCUAAUUCUGUACGGGCUGAGGCAAUGCUGACUAUGACCUCCAUCAUUCGGGUCGGCCAGUCCAAAUUUGUCACGGCGCCAAUCGACGAAGACUCAAAUGAACGUAUAUUGGGCUGCAUUCAGAGCCUCAGUGAAUUGAGCGAUCGUCAGGAGGUGAAUGAAAUCUUCCUCAAAGAUAGUAGAGCAGCGUAUGCACAGAUGCUAGGGGCUCAGGAGAAACGCGCAGCGGAAAAGAAAGCUGCCGAAACCGUAAAAGAGAACGUCGUUCAGGUGGAUGACCUUUUGACGUUCCGCCAGUUCUCGAAGAAAUCGGUGGACGACGCUGUCGAUUAUGUGGAAGACCUUGGCAAAGCUACUGGCGCUGGCGAAGUUCGUGAGGACUUCAUUUCGAAUCUCAGUAGAAUAUCUCAACUUACUGGAUUCUCGGAUCCUGUAUAUGCUGAGGCAUAUGUCAAGAUGCAUGGGUUUGAUAUCUUACUGGAUGUCCUGCUAGUGAACCAGACCUCGAAUACGCUUCAAAAUCUUUGUUUGGACUUUGCAACAUUGGGGGAUCUCAAGCUUGUGGAACGCCCUACUGUAUACACCAUUGCCCCCCAUGGCUUCCAGAGUAUUAAAGCUACGAUCAAGGUGUCGUCUACUGAAACCGGUGUCAUAUUCGGAAGCAUAUUGUGGGACGGGCCUAAUCUCACCGAGUGUUGUGUGAUAUUGAACGACAUACACAUUGAUAUAAUGGACUACAUCAAGCCUGCGUAUUGCAGCGAGACUCAAUUCCGCAGUAUGUGGACGGAAUUCGAGUGGGAGAAUAGAGUCAACGUGUCCACGAAAAUGACUGACACGCGGGAGUAUCUGAAGCAUGUGAUGAAAUCGACCAACAUGUCUUGUUUGACGCCAGAAGGUGCUAUGUCUGGUGACUGCGACUUCCUUUCUGCCAACAUGUACGCGCGGAGUCUUUUCGGCGAAGAUGCGCUAGCGAACCUGAGCAUCGAGAAGACAGAAACAGACGCGAUUGUCGGACAUGUUCGCAUUCGCAGCAAAACACAAGGCAUUGCACUAUCGCUCGGCGACCGUAUCACGAUGUCACAAAGGGAUACCAAACCUCCGCUAUAGGGAACAACAGGUAUUGCAAGCGUCGUACUUCCACGAGAUGAUACAUAUAUGUCCUUUGGCUUUUGGAUUGAAUCAUAUAUUUUUUUGCCCCCGGAUCCGGUCUCCCCCCCCUCUACGUACUGGAGCUUUGAUCCAGAUCUUGGGCCUAUCAGCUCAGCACGCAGCCGCAGAAUCCCCCCAUGAUCCGAGGGUAUGGAUAUCACCUCGUGAACAUGGAACCAGUCCACCAGUUAAGUUAUUAAGUUUAUAGAAAUGGUGGUCAUAGCCAUUCCACUUCUAGCUCGGAUGUAGAGUCGGAAGUAUGUAGAAGGAUAGGUUCUUGCACGAUCCAACACCUAUUGUGACUGUC